AUGUCCAGCCUUAUCGAGCAGUGUAAACACCCCAAAUUUGCCAAGAUAUAUGCUUCUCCGAUUGGCUGUCUAGCUGUGCCCUGGGUAUACGAUGAAGCGGGAGAACUGCAGAUGCAGGUUGCGCUCCCAUGCAUCAUAUCAAAGCUUCAAGACCUGCCUCCGUUGAGUGUUGAACGACGACAAUCCUCAGCCAACUCCAGCGCCAUGCGUCUCUUUCGGCUGUGCGCUUUAGCGCUGGCCGCUGAAUGCGCCCAUGGCUACCUUGAUACAACGCCCUUCUUCAUGUUCUCAACCUCCGAACUUUUAGCAACGACCUCCCACGUUCAAUCGGCACCCCUGCUGACCUCCGACGUGGCAUUGGCUCUCUCCUCGUGCCCUUCAGACUACUACAUACUGGUCUCGCAACCAGGAGUGUCCACCAAAGACUACUCCAAUUCCAAGAGAACUACACCUUUCCUUGCAAGAGCAUUAUCGCCUUCUCAGUCCAAAGGAUCGGCGGUUCGGAGCAGCUUGACUGUUCCGGAUGUUUUCGGUCGCCUAGACAGCUCUACGUGGGUUGAAGUCUUGAAAACGAGAUGCGGCGUCUCGGUGGUGUCAAUCGAUGCCUCGAGGGAAGGAGGAGGUAUUCCGACGAAGGAGUUAACCCCGUCGCCGCGUCUGCUCGAACUUGUCCUCCCGGCGCCAUCUGCUGGCUCAAACAGAGUGCAAGACCUCUCUUCGAACGACGCAUUCCUGGCCUCUGUGAUAGACCUGCUCCCAACGCAGAACUACACUGUUUUGUACACCACAGGCCGCUUACAAGACGGGAUGUUCGUCGCGCAAGGAGCGGAUGAUGAAGAAGCUGCGGGAUAUGAUAUGGACUCCCAAAUACAAGAGAGCAUGCAUCUCGAUCUGAAGCGAGAUCUCGGUGUGCAGGGGGCGGCCAGCAUAACUGGGAAUAAUCAGACCAUGAUCGACGGGCCGUUGUUCGAUAAGUACCAGUUUUUCACUCCUGGGAUCUUCAUGGGCUUCCUCGUCGGUUUCCUUCUCCUAUCGAUUUUGUACGUUGCCAUUUCCGGCGUCGCCAGUCUGCAAGUCACGUACGCGGCGUUCGACAAGGAGCAAGGACAGCUCGCGACGAAGAAACAAUGAGAGAUCGAAUUAUUGGAUUUGAACGUUGACGCAUACGGAUAGAGCACUCGGCUUCGACUUACGUGGUCCUGCGAAGGAUGUUUACCUUUGUGACUGAGACGGCAGCGCAUGUCAGAUCGAAUGGGUGAUCUCGACAAUGUGCGGUUCUAUAUUUGAAGCUCUGGGGAUGGGUUGGCCGAGGAUCAUAACCCGGCGGGAAUGUAUAGCUAUUAAUGUCAUACCUGUUUAUGAUAAGCCGCGCGCAGAACCGAUUCCGUAUGAUGGCUGGGUCUUCUUUUAUCGCUGC